UACCUUGCCUCCCUUUAUAAAACCUUCUCUCGCUCCAUUCAAGCACACUUUUAUUCUCCCAAAACUCUACCAUAAUCAGGAAAUCUCAAGUUCUAUUCCUUCGUCACCAUGCUUUUGAGGUCCCGAAAAACUGGAGGAAACGCCAUGCCUGAUCAGGAAAUUUCCUUGCCGGCAAAGCGCAACCAGCGAAGAUGGAGGAUGGCCUUCACAGCCAUUUACUUCACAAGGGUUCUUGUUUCCCUGUCCAAGAAAGUUCUUGACAACCAGACCAGGCUCUUGCGUUCCCUCUCCUAUGUUGCCAUCGAUGUCAAUUCCCCACGUCCCAUACCUGGGCCUUUUGAUGGUAUUGAUCAGAAAACAUUGACUGAGAUGGUAAAAAAGAGAAGCUUUGAAUCCCUGCAACAACUAGGAGGAGCCAAACAGGUCGCUGCAAUUCUUCUGACUGAUGAAAAGGACGGUAUAAGCGGUGACGAGGCUGAUCUAAUGCACAGAAGAGAGGUAUUUGGCGCCAACAGGCACCAGAAACCGCCUUCAAAAAGCUUCAUUAGCUUUGUCUUUGAAGCAUUCAAAGAUACAACCAUUAUCAUUCUUUUAGUCUGUGCCAUUUUGUCUCUGGGCUUUGGCAUUAAACAGCAUGGCCCAAAAGAUGGCUGGUAUGAUGGUGGGAGCAUCAUUGUUGCCAUCGUACUUGUUAUUGUUGUCUCCUCUGUGAGCAACUUCAAGCAAUCCAAGCAAUUUGAGAGGCUAUCAGAUGCCAGCAGUGAUAUAAAGGUGCAAGUAGUGAGAGAUGGAAGGCACCAACCAAUAUCUAUAUUUGAUAUUGUGGUGGGUGAUAUCGUUUCUUUGAAGAUUGGAGAUCAGAUACCAGCUGAUGGCUUGUUCUUGUAUGGUUAUUCUUUGAAGGUGGACGAGUCCAGUAUUACAGGUGAAAGCGACCAUGUUGAGGUCAAUGGCACCUUAAACCCAUUCCUGAUUUCUGGAACAAAGGUGAUGGAUGGGUUUGGUUCGAUGCUUGUUACAUCCGUUGGCAUGAAUACAGCCUGGGGUGAGAUGAUGAGUUCCAUAACCCGGAUUUUGGAGGAGCAGACCCCAUUACAAGCACGCCUUGAUAAACUGGCUUCUCAUAUUGGCCGGGUUGGAUUGUCAGUGGCUAUACUCGUUCUUGCAGUUCUGAUGAUUCGUUACUUUACUGGAAGCACCAGAGAUGAAAAUGGAAAGAGAGAGUACAAAGGAAGCAAGACAAGAGUCAGUGAUAUAGUCAAUUCAGUUGUGGAGAUGAUUGCAGCUGCAGUGACCAUUUUAGUGGUUGCAAUUCCAGAAGGUCUGCCUCUAGCUGUAACUCUAACUCUGGCCUACUCUAUGAUGCGAAUGAUAAAAGAUAAUGCCAUGGUUCGUAAACUUUCUGCCUGUGAAACAAUGGGUUCAGCUACAACAAUCUGCACAGAUAAAACAGGGACUCUUACUUUGAACAAGAUGACAGUUACAGAAUUUUGGCUCGGAAAAGAGCUAAUUAAGGAUGAUUCUUCAAAGGCAAUAGAACCAGAGAUCUUCAAGUUGCUACAGGAGGGGGUUGCCUUAAACACAACAGGUACCGUUGAUACGACACAUGCUUCAUCAAUUCCUGAGAUUUCUGGCAGUCCAACAGAAACGGCAAUACUUUCUUGGGCUGUUUUUGAUUUAAAUAUGAAUAUCAAUGAGACAAAACAAAAUUGUGAAGUAAUACAUGUAGAGGCAUUUAAUUCAGAGAAAAAAAGAAGUGGGAUAUUAACGAGGAAAAUUGAAGACAGAGAAUUUCAUACCCAUUGGAAGGGAGCAGCCGAGAUGAUAUUAGCCUUGUGUUCAAAUUAUUGUGUAGGAAGUGGAGCACUAAAAGGAAUGAAUGCAGAUGAUAGAUUGGAGUUUGAAAAAAUAAUUCAGUGUAUGGCAGCCAAAAGCCUGAGAUGUCUUGCCUUUGCCUACAAAAAAGUCACACAUGAUAAUGAGGAGGAGGUAUCUAAGAAGCUUGAAGAAGCUGAACUCACCUUACUGGGGUUUGUGGGACUGAAGGACCCAUGUCGUCCAGGGGUUAGAACAGCAGUAGAAUCAUGUAAGAAUGCAGGGGUGAAUGUUAAAAUGAUCACUGGUGACAACUUGCUCACAGCAAGAUCUAUAGCUUUUGAAUGUGGAAUUCUUCAUCCUGAUGACGACAUAGAAAAAGCUGUAGUGGAAGGUUCACAAUUCAGAAAUUACUCCCCUGAAGAGAGAAUGACAAGGAUCGAAGAUAUUCGAGUAAUGGCAAGAUCAUCCCCAUUUGACAAACUUCUGAUGGUACACUGCUUGAAACAGAAAGGCCAUGUGGUAGGAGUCACUGGUGAUGGCACAAACGAUGCUCCUGCGCUAAAGGAAGCAGAUAUUGGGCUUGCCAUGGGAAUUCAAGGGACAGAGGUGGCAAAGGAGAGCGCAGACAUAAUUAUCUUGGAUGAUAACUUUACCUCUGUAGUGACAGUAUUGCGGUGGGGAAGAAGUGUCUCCAAUAACAUUCAAAAGUUCCUUCAGUUUCAACUCACGGUCAAUGUUGCAGCUCUCGCUAUCAACUUUGUUGCAGCUGUUUCUUUCGGUAACGUCCCUUUAACUGCAGUUCAGCUAUUGUGGGUGAACCUCGUUAUGGACACCUUGGGAGCACUAGCCUUGGCCACUGAGCAGCCCACCAAUGAUCUCAUGGCAAAGCCACCUAUGGGUAGAUCAGAGCCACUUAUCACCAAAAUCAUGUGGAGGAAUCUCAUUGCCCAAGCCUUGUAUCAGUUAGCCGUCUUGCUUACUCUAGAAUUUAAAGCAAAUUCCAUCUUUGGUGUGAAUGAGAGGAUAAAGAAUACUAUCAUCUUCAAUACUUUUGUCCUGUGUCAAGUCUUUAAUGAGUUCAAUGCAAGGAAUAUGGAAAAGAAGAAUAUAUUCAAAGGGAUACAUAGGAACAAAUUGUUUAUAGUGAUCAUUGGAAUUACCAUAGUUCUUCAAGUGCUGAUGGUUGAGCUUCUGACGAGAUUUGCCGGUACGGAGAGGUUAAAUUGGGGGCAAUGGGGUGCUUGCAUUGGCAUUGCAGCUGUGUCUUGGCCAAUUGGUUUUCUAGCCAAGUGCAUUCCAGUUUCUGGAAAGCAGCUUCAAAACAAAUAGUUCCCAAAAACAUAAAAACAGCAACCCAGAAAUUGCAGGUCUUCAUUAUGAAAACCCAAUUGCAAAGCAUGGCAGAGCAAUGUCAAGACUAAGCUCAAAAUAAAUUCGACAAACCAGAAUAACUAAGGUCAAUUGUCAUUAUUUUCAAAUCAUGCUUUUGUUCUUUUAUUUGUAUAUACACUCUAAGAUCUGAAUAUACAUUGAUGGUUUGACAUAUGUUUAUUAUCAUCCUUGAUAUUUCAAAUGUUCUACUUGCAUUUUCUCUACAA